AUGUUAACAAAUCGCAGAGGUUCACACAAAAAAUUAGGUUUUUUUUUUUUUGCACAAUUAGUUUGUAUUACAAAUGGAAAUUCAAUUUUAUAUGAUGUAUUUCAAAAUCAAUCAUAUACUGGAUAUGUUUCAUCGGAUUUGGAAUGUAGUUUUAAUUUUAAAUACUUAUUAUUUGAUAAUUCCGAUCCAAUUACACCUCCAAUAAUUUUAUCAAGCGAUGCUAUUUUAAAUUCCUUUAUUGUUGAAGGUGAAAAAAUUUCAGCAUAUCAAUUUAUUUAUUCAUUUUCUAUAAAAAUUGAAAGUGCACAAACAAAUAUAAAUUUAACAAUUCAAAAUAAUAAUAAUUCAUAUUACCAAUUAAAAUUAAAUUGUAUAUCUUCAGAUAAUUCUUCAUUGUACAUAAAGUUUUUAAAUGAAUACCCAUUCAUUUCAGCAAAUAAAUAUUAUUCAAUAAUAGAAUCAAAUACAGAAGGAAAGGAUAAAUUAGUUUCAAAUGAAGGUGUAGCAACAUUAAUUACAGGUAAUCAAUAUGAAUUUAUUUGGGACCCUGAAUAUAUUGAAAAAUAUAUAUAUAGUCAAACUUGGGAUGCUUCAUUUACAUUUUAUCCUAAUAAUAUUAUAGUUUCAUCAAAAAAUCCAUUUUAUUAUAAAAAUGAAAAUGUUAAUAUUGACGAUAUUAAAUAUUAUCCAAAUUCAAUCAAUGUAAAAGAAUCAGGAAAUGGAUUAUCACCAGUGAUGACUUUUGUUACAAACUCUACAGAUAAUUACCCAUAUCAAUAUAUUCCAAUUUCACCAUCCAUCUAUACAAAUUGUGUCCCAAUAUUUGGAAAUGCCAAUAAAAUGACAUAUUCUGUUUUAUUAAGUGAUAAAAGGUUAGUUGAGAAUGAUAGUUAUUCUUUUAAAUUUGCUACUUCAAAUUCAUUACAACCAAUAAUUACUACUUUAACAACACCAAUUUUUAAUAUUACUGAUUUUACACCAGAUAGUAAUAUAUUAACAAAAUUGAUUUUUUAUGCAAAUAUAAAAGAAAAUUAUGAUAGUGCUCUAUUUAAUCCAACUAUUGAUGGAUGUGGUUAUUUUGAUUUUCAAUUUCAAUUCCAAUCAAAUUCAUUUAUUAGAGGUUUCCCAUUUGGUUAUGUUUCAAGAUUAUUAAGUGGUAGUUGUACAUUUAAAUUUGCAUUUCCAUUUUUUUCAUGGAGUCAAAGUCAAACUCAAUAUUUUUCAAAUGGUUUUUAUCCAUUCUUUAAAUUAGAUGAAAGUUCAUCCAUUCCCAUCAAUAUCAUUUCAUCAAUGAUUAAUGAUACAUCACCACCAGAAAUUAUAAGAUAUGAAUUUAUUCAAUUAUCAGGACCACUAUUUGUUUUAAAAUUAGAUAUAACUGAUGAAUCUGGUGUAUCAAAAGUUUUUAUUGAUCAAAAUUCAUCACCAUUUGAAAUUUAUACAGGAUCAAAAUCAUUAACAUAUGGUACCAUUUUCAAUGGUACUUGGCAUUUACGUAUUAAUGCAUUAUUACCAAUUAAAAUUAUAGUUUCUGAUAUACAUUAUAAUGAAAGAAUAAUUAAUGAAGGUGACAUUUUAAUUAUUUCACCAUCAUUAUUAAUUUUCAAUUUACCUUCAAGUUUUAAAAGUGUUAUAAAUUAUAGUAAUAUCAAAAAUUUAACAUUUUCAACAAAUAAUAUUGAUUUAACAAAUUAUAACUCAUAUAAUUAUAUAAGAUUUAGUUUAACUGAUGAUAUACCAAUUGGAAAACCGAUGGCAUUUAGGUUAAUGGAUCCAAUUUCAUAUAAAUAUAAUUAUAAUAAUAAUAAUAAUAAUAAUAAUAAUAAUCAAGAUCAAAACUUAAGUUUUGAUGUGGAUUCAUUAUUUCCAAUCAUUUGGGAUGAAACUUUAAAUUUAUAUGAAGCUUGGUUUAUUCUUCCAAAAUUAAAUCUAUUUGGUAAUAUUCAAUAUUCAAUUAUUACAAGUUCUAAAACCUCAUUAUUAAGUGGUUUUUUACCAACUCAACUUACCGUAACUUUAACAAAUUUAGAUAAUUUAGGGCCAAUGGUUACAAAUAUUAAAUCAGUUGGUGGAGGUUGGUUAUUUACUAUUCAAGAUGACUUUAAUGGAUUUAAUAAAGGAUUUAUUAAAUUAAUUGGAAAUUUAGAUAAAUCAACUUUUAAAAAGAAUUUUACAUCAAUCAAUAUAGAUUCUGGAAAUUUAUUAAAUGGAAUUUAUUUCCUUAAUUUUACUUUACCAUCAAUAGAACAAUCCUAUAGAAUAGUUUAUUUAGAAUUGGAAGAUAUAAAUGGUAUAAAAUCAAUUUAUAAUAUUUUUGAAAAAAAUCCAUCUCCAAUUAAUAACCCUUUAAGAUCAUUUUUAAAUUCAACAACUCCAUCUAAUUUAACAAAGGCUGAAACUCCUGAUUUUUCAAUAACAUUAGUAGCUACUGGACCUAAUCCUACAUCAACUGUUUUUAGUGGUAUAGCAACAACAACAACAACAACAAGUAGUGUUAGAGUUUCAAGUAACCAUUUAUUAAAAAAUCAAAACAAUAAUAAUAAUGGAGGAUAUGGAGAAAAUUCAAAGAAAAAAAGAAAUUUAAAGUCAAUUCUAUCAAAUCUAACAUUUAAUGCAUCAUUAAAUAUUAAUGAAUCAAUUGAUGUUGGUGAUAUUAGUAGAACAAUUUCAUUUGAUUUUCAAGUAACCGAUACCAUCUAUGGUUUAAGAUCUGAUCAAUUACCAAUUGUUUAUAUAGUUGGAAUGAGAUUAGAAACUUUUGAAUGUCAAUCAAAAAUUCAAUCAAUUAUAAGUAAUAAAAGUAUAGUUUAUCAUUGUGAUGCAAAUUUACCAUUGGGAUUCGGUUAUCCAGGCCAAUUAUCCUAUUCACUUUAUGGUAUACUUAAUGUUAAUGGUGAUUAUGUUGGUUAUUCAAAUGUAGAUUUAACAUCAAUUGCUCCAAAUUAUUAUUAUGUAAAUACUGAAUUAUCAAUGAAUAAAACUGUAAUUAUAUCAACUGAAAAAAUUACAACAUUGGGUGGUAGAUUAAUCAUUUUUUGUAAAAAUGGAGAAUUUGUAACAGAAUCGUAUGUUACCUAUGGAAAUGGUACAACUCAACGUGGCCAAGUGCUUUUCGCUUCACCUCUUGUAGUAAUAAUUAAUAUAUCACCAACUUUUUUAGAUUUUAAUGUUUAUUUAAUAAGAAAUAAUACCGAACUUUCAAAUACAGUUACAGUUUCACCAAUACUAUUCACUCCUUCAAAUGCACCAACCUUACCACCAACAUCAACUCCAACUCCAACAUCAACUCCAACUCCAUCAUCAACAUCAAAACCAAAAUGUUUAGGUAAUCCACAAUGUGGUGGAAUUAAUAAAGGUACAUGUGGUUCAAAUGGUGAAUGUAUAUGUUUCUCUCCGUGGAUUGGUUUAGAUUGUUCGUCACAACUCAUUAUAUUACCACAACCAAUUACAAAUACAUCACAACCAACUACAGAAAUACCAAUUACAGGUGAAGGUACAAAUAAUGUUUUAUUUAAAUCAUUGGUAUCAAUUGUUUCCUUAAGGGAAUUAGACUUUGAUGGUAAACAAAUUAAAAUAUUUAUAUUUGAUAGUUGGGUAUUCAAUCAAAUUUCAUCAACAAAGAGUCAAUAUUAUACAAACAUAACAACAACAACAACAACAACAACAACAACAACAACAACAACAACAACAACAACAACAACAACAACACCAUCUAAUUCACCAAUUAUAGUUAAUAUUAAUGUUAUAAUUGAAUGGUUUAAUGAGAGCACAAGUAUUGAAUUUGCAAAACAAAAAUUAAUAAUGAACCCAUCAACAAUUAAAUUUACUAUUGAAAUAACAGAAUAUCCUUUUUCAAGCAAAUUAAGUCAACUUCAAUUAGUAAUGUCAGCAUUAUUCGAAUCUGAAGAUAAAGGUGUUUGUUCAGUUAAAAACUUUGAUGAUUUUAAUGAUAAUAACUAUUUAAAAAUUCAAAUUGAAAAUCGUUCAUUAUAUGGUAGAUUUAUAAAGAGAGCACUUUUAGAUAAUACAUCAACUUCCAUUUCAAAUGUUUUAUUGGGUAGUGAUUUCAAUGAAAUUGGGAUCGAUGAAAAUUAUAACAUUAAAUCAUAUGUUGGCAUAACUAUUCCACAAUAUUCAAAAUUAGCUCAAAUUGAUCCAGAUUUUAGUUUAAUUUUAGAUCCAGAUUCUGCAAACGAUAAUCCAAAUUCAGUGUGUAACCAAAAAUCUGGUUUAUCAACAAUUAAAAUAGUUGGUAUUGUUAUAGGCUCAUUUGUAUUCUUGGCCGCAAUUGUUUUUGCAAUAUCAUAUAGAUUUUACAAGAAAAAAUUAAAUAAAAAGUUGUUGAGUAACUUUGCAGUUAGAUUAAAACAACACAACAAAGAAUAA